AGGAAAGCACACCCAGUCUCACAUUAAAGAAGUCAAACUGUCUGCUUCAAAGAGAAAAGGCAACAUCCUGUCACAGGCCAUGCUCUGGCAAAAAUCUCCAGAGCAAGCUCAAGCCCCACCACGGCCGUAUCAGGGCGUCCGAGUUAAGGAGCCAGUAAAGGAACUGCUGAGGAGAAAGCGAGGCCAUGCCAGCAGCAGUGCAGCCGGCCCACCGACUGCGGUGGUGCUGCCCCACCAGCCCCUGGCGACCUACACCACAGUGGGUGCUUCCUGCCUUGACAUGGAGGUCUCUGCUUCCACAGUGACAGAGGAGGGGGCCUUAUGUGCUGGCUGGCUCUCCCAACCUGCUCCUGCCACGCUUCAGCCUCUGGCUUCAUGGACACCCUACACUGAGUACAUGUCCCAUGAAACUGUCAGCUGCCCCUACUCAGCCGACAUGUAUGUGCAGCCCAUGUGUCCCAGCUACACAGUUGUGGGGCCCUCAUCCAUGCUGACCUAUGCCUCCCCACCACUCAUCACUAAUGUCACGCCGCGGAGCACUGCAACAUCCACUAUAGGACCGCAGCUGGAGGGCCCAGAGCACCAGGCACCCCUCACCUAUUUCCCAUGGCCUCAGCCCCUUUCAACACUGCCCACCUCCACCCUGCAGUACCAGGCCCCAGCCCCAGCCCUGCCUGGGCCCCAGUUUGUCCAGCUCCCCAUCUCCAUCCCUGAGCCAGUCCUUCAGGACAUGGAUGACUCCAGAAGAGCCAUCAGUUCCCUGACCAUCGACAAGCUGCUCUUAGAGGAAGAAGAUAACAAUGCCUAUGAGCUCAACCAUAGUCUUUCGGUGGAGGGCUUUUAA